AUGGCUCAAGCACGCACGUUAUCGAAAACCGCGACUCUAUAUCUCGUCAUAUUGCUGUGCAUCAUCGUUCUGUGCGUCCGGGAUUCCGAAGCCAGACCGCCAUGGCUGGCUCCUGGCAGCGGGGUCUUUACGGAAUCCGCAGAGUGCCAUACUGACGACGAGCUUCUAGACCUCUGCCAGAGGUGUGCUAAGCUGACCAAAUCCCGGCUUGCAUACCCGGCCUGCUGUUCCACUGACCUCCAGGCAAGAAAGUGGUGUUCUGACUACGUCUACUUUGGGAGGGGACAGUACGACUUUUACGUCAUU